AUGUGGAAGUUGUUGCUGGUGAACACUUUAUCAUGUGGCCUGGAGGUGUGCAUGGCUGCCGGGACUGUCUACAUCCCACCUCUACUGCUGCAGGCCGGCAUGGAGGAACGCUACAUGACCAUGAUGCUUGCUGUGACUCCAGUUUUGGGCUUGAUCUUUAUACCCAUGAUCGGCUCAGCUAGUGAUUCUUGGAGAGGGCGCUUCGGUCGACGCAGGCCCUUUAUCUGGAUCCUGAGCCUGGGAGUUUUGCUAGGCCUGCAAAUAAUUCCCCAAGCCAGGCGGCUGACUGUACUGAUUUCACCACAGCACCCUCACUGGUUGCAAGCUGGCAUGCAGGCUGCAGCUGUAUGCCUUGUCGAGUUCUGCGCACAGGCCUGUCUCACCCUACUGCUUGCCCUGCUGUCAGAUCUGUUCCCCGGGGAGGAAGAAAACCGAAAAGCAUUCUCAGUUAAUUCCCUGAUGACAAGCCUGGGGGGAUGCUUGGGGUUUUUGCUUCCUGCCAUGGACUGGAGCCAGGCGCCCAUAGCAGCAUAUUUGGGAGGGCAGGAGGCCUUUGUUUACACCCUACUCACCCUCCUGUUUUUUGGUUGCCUCCUCUCCACAACCUGCAUCAAGGAGGAAGCAGGAGUCAGAGGAGAGAGGAAGAUUCUUGUUCAUCCCCCUUUAAAAAGUUUGAGGAGCAGAUGCUGCCCGUUCCCCUUCCUACCUCGGCCUCGUUGUUUACGUGAUCUGCUGUGUCGACGUGCAUCAGAGGGUCUUUCAAUGCUGCAUCAUUUGUAUGCGGUGUGCAUACAUGUGCCACAGGUCAUAUGGAGACUUUUUGUGGCAGAGGUGUGUAGUUGGAUGGCACUGAUGAGUAUCAUGCUCUUCUUCGCUGACUUUAUGGGGGAGGGAUUGUACCAGGGAGUGCCGGGUGCAGAUCCAGAAUCACAGGAAAGGAAACGCUAUGAUGAAGGUGUGCGCAUGGCCAGUCUGGCUCUCUUCCUGCAGUGUGCAGUGUCGGUGCUGUGCUCUACGCUAAUGGACCGCUGGGUGGCUCUGCUGGGAGCCAAAGUGGUAUACACUAGUGGGGUGGCUCUUCUGCUGUUGGCCACCACCGUCAUGAGUGUCUCAGACAGUGUGAUGAUGGUCACUGUCAUGGCUGCUGUGACUGGGUACACGCUCUGUGUCCUGCAGGUGCUGCCAUACACACUGCUGUGUCUCUAUCACUCAGACAGACAGAUUUUCUUCAAGUCAUCCAGACCUCUUGAGCGGACUGAAAGUAAUGACACAACACUUACUAAGCCUGUUCCCUCAUGUGGUCCACCUGCUAAGCACCAAGCUGUGAGGCUGAUACUUCCUGUGGCAGAGCCCUCUGUUGAGUCGCCACAUCUAUCACUUUUGGUGGCUGGAGGUGAUAGAGCUGAAGCAGAUUCCACACAAGUCUCAAACAGAGGGAUGGGCUUUGACAUGGCAAUACUGGAAGGCGCGUACCUUCUCUCCCAGGUGCUGCCAGCCAUGUGCCUCGGUUCCAUAGUGCAGCUGACUAACAGCGUGAGGGCGUACAUGGCCUGCGCCUGCUGCUUCAGCCUGCUGGCUUUGCUCUUUGCCAGAAGAGUUGUCUACAGCCACGCUGACCUCCAGUGUUGA